AAAGGGAGACCAGGGCCAGCUGGGCAUUGCCGAGAGCUGCUGGGGCCAGGAGCGAGGUCUGGCUGGAGGACGGCAGUGAGAAGUGCGGGCCGGGGGUCCGGGAUGGCGCUGCUGGUGCUGGCCCUGGCCGCCUGGCUGGGGCUGGCCUCAGCCUCCGAGGGGGAAACCAACAGCAGCCGGCUCUGCCAGGAGGCACCGGCAUGGAGCAUCAACGGCUCGAGCCCCAUGGCAGGGGUGGCGGGGCGGGUGACGGUGGUGGCCCUGCUGAAGGCCAGCUGACACUUCUGCCUGCAGCAGGCCCACAGACUCGGGGGCCUGCGAGAGAGGCUGGCCCGGCAGGGCACGGUCGAUGUCCGCUACAUGAUCAUCAACGAGAAGGCGCCGCUCUCCCACGCCAUGUUCGGGGAGCUGGAGCGCCAGGCCCCCCCAGGCGUGCCCGUCUUCCAGCCAGAGCCGGAGGACCCCGAUGUCUGGCAGGUCCUGGGGGGUGACAAGGACGACUUCCUCAUCUACGACCGGUGCGGCCGCCUGGCUUUCCACAUCCAGCUGCCCUACAGCUUCCUCCACUUCCCCUACGUGGAGUCGGCUAUCCGCUUCACCCACAGCAAGGACUUCUGUGGCAACUGCUCCCUCUACCCCAACACCACCCAGCAGGGUAACAGUACUAUGGAGGUCCCUGUAACCCUGAGCCCCCUUCCUGAACAAGAAGGGAAGAAGUCGGAGACCCUCAUCCACCAUCACAAUCCCCUCCAUCCUCACCACCACCAUGAAGUUGGCAGCGAGAAAGCCACAGACCCGAGUGGGGUCCAUGAGCCUGCCCCCCAUGCUCACCACCACCAUGGGGACCAUGGCCAGCCCUAUCACGAGGGGAAGAAGCAGCAGAAGGAGGGAAAUGAGCACUAAGCCAGGCUGGGCAGCCUCGCAGAACCCAGUAGUGUGCACACCACGCCAGCUCGCUUCCCAGGGGCAUGAGAGGACUUGCUCUGGGCCGCUGGUCACCAGCAGCAUUGGUAUAACAACCCACUCCAGCACCCUCCGUGUGGGUCGUACUCCCGCACUGCGGCCAGCAAUGAAAAUCCCCCUCAGACUCCCCGACGUGCUGCAUUUUCAGCCCCAGGGCUUGGUUCUGAGCCUUUCUCUGCCACUGCCUGCCUUUCCGUGCUCAAUGAAGCCCGCCGUGCAAACCGGAGUCCCCGGUCACUGCUGGCUGACACCGCACGGAGCAGCGGGGCAGGGGUGGAGGGGCCAGAACCGGGAUGGGAGCAGCACUGUCCAUCCUGGCACCCAUGGGAGUCCUGGCCGGGGAGCGAGGGGGGGAGCAGUGUGCCCCGCAGGAGGUGAUCUCCGGGGAUGGGGGCACUAGGAGCUGUGGGAGGUGGCAGCUCCCCAUGGUCUAAACCCUGUACCCCCACAGCUGUCACAUCCCGGCGACUUGCGCACGGGUAUGUGCAGUGGUGAUGGGUGGCCGCAAGAUGGUGGCCUUGUCCCCUCUUGGAGACCGGGGGGCUGUACCCAGGGCCUGCAGCCCUGGGAAGACAGCAGGGGUGAGGAUGCUGGGGUCCCUCCUGGGGGAGAAGCGAGAUCGGGGGGCGAUGCUAUCCAGAGUACAAAUAAAAGCCCUGCGAAGUGACCCCU